CGUUGAAUCUCGACGUAUAAAGUUGCCUCUGUACACUAUCUUCGUUAUUAAUUGCAUAAGAAAAAAGAAAAAAUAUUUGAUAAAGUGCAAAAGUCGGUUUAUAUUCAGCACUACAUAAAAUGUGUAUACUAAUUUAAUAAAGCCAGUACUUUUUGCAACCAUGGUAUACGUAAUCGCUCUGACAGUGAUAGCGGGCGCUCUCGGCCUCUAUUAUUACGUCUUCAAGAAUUUUAACUUUUUCAAAAAAAAUGGCAUACCGUAUAAAACGCCUUUACCCAUAUUCGGAAAUAAUGCAGGAGUCAUCUUCCGUCGUGAACAUAUGCUUCAUCUUGUGAAAAAUAUGUAUGAUUUAUAUCCUGAAGCCAAGUACGUCGGCAUGUUUGAUAUGACAAUUCCAGUUACAGUGAUUCGCGAUCUCGAUCUUGUUAAAUCUAUCGCACUGAAAAACUUUGAUCUAUUCACGGAUCAUCGCUCUUUUAUCGAGGAACAUCAAGAUCCAUUAUUCGGCAAAAAUCUGUUUGCCCUCAAAGGAGAGAGAUGGCGACAAGUACGGUCUUUACUGACUCCAGCUUUCACGUCCAGCAAGAUGAAAAGUAUGUUUAAAUUGAUGUCAAAUUGCGCUGCCGAAUUUAGCAAUUAUUUGGCGCAAAUGCCAACAGAUAAGAGGAAGAUGGAAAUAAAAGACGCCUUUACGAGAUACACAAAUGACGUAAUAGCUACUUGUGCUUUUGGUAUUAGUGUUGACUCUAUGAGAAACCCGGACAACAAAUUCUAUGUUUAUGGCAAGGAAGCGACCACUUUCGGCAUAAUCGCUUUUCUAAAGAUGUACAUUUACAGAAGCAUGCCAUGGCUGGCAAAAAUGUUUCAAAUAAGAAUUAUUCGUGACGAAAUAGCAAAUUUCUUUCGAGACCUCAUAGAAGAUACCAUAAAAACUAGGGAUGAGAAGAAUAUCGUUCGCCCAGAUAUGCUGCAAUUGAUGAUGGAGACUAGAGGUAAUGAAGGCAAACCAAAACUGUCUAUCCAAGAUAUGGUAUCUCAAGCAUUCAUUUUCUUUUUUGGCGGUUUUGAUAGCACUUCGACAUUAAUGUGCUUUGCUGCUCACGAGAUUGCAGUGAAUGAGCAAGUUCAAAAAAAACUUCAAGAUGAGAUUGAUAAGGCCUUGGAAGAGUCAAAUGGAUUAGCACCAUACGAAAUAGUUAACAACAUGGAAUACUUGGAUGCCGUGAUUAACGAAGCUCUCAGAAUGUAUCCGGUUGCUCCAGCAGUAGAUAGAGUAUGCACGAAAACAUUUGAGUUGCCUCCGACAUUGCCAGGGACAAAGCCUUUUACUAUAAAAAAAGGAGAAAGCAUAUGGAUACCAAUUUAUGGAUUUCAUCAUGAUCCGCAAUACUUUGAAGAGCCGGAAAAAUUCGAUCCCGAACGAUUUCUUGGUGAACGGAAAAAAGAGACUCUCAACAGCGGAGCCUAUCUACCCUUUGGGUUGGGCCCCAGGAUGUGUAUAGGUAAUAGAUUCGCUUUAUUGGAGACAAAAGUUUUGCUGUUUCAUCUAUUGGCACGUUGCGAUCUAAAACCUUGCGAGAAGACAUCGCUGCCGCUCAAGAUCGCUAAAGAUGGCUUCGCUAUGCGGCCCGAAGGCGGCUUCUGGUUGACUGUAUCACCAAGGAAAAAUAUUCAUCCCACUAUUGUUACUAACGCAGUCAAUGGAACACAUCAGCUAUAAAAUUGGAAACACCAAAACCAAAAUGAACAUAAAGGACAUUUCUUUCUUAUUUUUGAGAUAAGAAGAUUAAUGUUGCUGUAAGUUCAGAAAAUCAAAUGCAUCGUAUUGCGUCAGAAGUAUUUCUGAUAUGCUAAAAACAAAGAUGUUUUUAUAUCUUACAUAUUGCUGAGACUCUGAUAAAAGAGUGAGCAUAAAAAGAUUAAAGUUUAAAGAUCAAAUAUUAUUCUUUAUCUAAUAUCGUAAUUAGUUUAUUAGUUAAUGUGUUAUAGUUUAAUGUGUAACAACAAUUAUAUUCUUUUAAUACAAACAUUGGCAUCAUUAUUAUUGUCAUAAAAAUUAUUUGUAUUUUUUGCACAAGAUUUCGUUACAUUUUGCAAAAAGUUUUUUCGCAAUUUAUUACAUAUAUUAAAAUAAAAAUUUAUAAAUAAAAAUUUAUUAUACAGAUAAUAAUUAUUAAAAAUAGCUAAAAUUAAUGGGCACUUAACAUACACAAUAUGAUUAAAUAUAUCAUUAUUCUACGUAAAAGAUAUUUUAUGUACAAAAAAAUUUAACAUAUUAAUAAACAAGUUUAAAAAAUGUGUGUGUAACAUAUAUAUUAUAAAUAUAAUUAUAGAAUAUAUAUUUCAAUAAUGUUAAUAUACAUAUAUAUUUCGACAUAUUUUUGAAUCUUAUAUUUAUUCAGUCAUUUAUUUAGGUUCGAUUGAACUAACAUCAGAAAAAACCUUGGCGUAUUGCAUCAAAUUAUGCAACCAAUUCCUCCAUAUAAUGUACAUACAAGAAAUUAAAGAGAGAAAGAGGAAGUUGAUCAUUAUGAUUCGAUAAUGUCAUAUUUAUCUUUACUGAUCAUUCAUGUUAUUAUCUUUCAAUUAGCAUAUGCACAUAAUAAUUAGCAUUUUCUAUAAAACUUGUUAUUUUUCUAUCAUAUUAAAAUUAGCUUCUAUUACACUUCUUUUCUAUAACUUUUUUAGAAACAUAUUUCAUGAAAGUGAUAUGUUGCGUUUAUUUUCAAGAGAAAUAUAAAAAUUGCCCAAUUUUUUAUUUCUUUUUUGUUAAUUUAAAAAAAUAGAUAAGUAUCUAUUUAUCCUAUCUAAUAUUAAUAACGAUAUAUCUUUAUUAUUUAUAUAUUUUUUGAUCAAUUUGGGGAUUCAAUUUUCUUUUAUAAUAUCAUUCUUGUAACAUUCUUUCAUCGAAUACUUUUAUAUAUAUGUGUUGAGAAAAAAAUUGAUAAAAAAUUGAUAAAAAAAGAAAAGAUUAAAGAUUAAUCAAAGAUUAAAGAUCAAAGGAAAAAGAAAACAUGAGAAGAAUUAAAGAUCGAGUGCUCCUUUUUAUCUCGUCUCGUAAUCAUCGAUGAACUUGCAAUUUUAUAAUGUAAAUAAUCUUUCAUCUAAUAUACACAAUAUAUAAUAAUGCACAUUUUAACAUUACUGUCUUAAUAAACAUCUAUUUUUCAACUACGUUUCACUGAAUUUGAUAAGCUGGUUGUUUUCAUAAUUUAUUAUGUUAGAAUAAAAAUGCAUGAUACAGACAAGUGUUAAUUAAAGUAGUGAAGAUUAAUGAUAACAUUAUUAUGAUGAAGAAUAAAAAAUGUGUAUCAUUAUAUAUAAAAAAUAAUGCAGAAACAUUAGAUGAACAAAGUUGACAUGAAUAACAAAACUACAAAGUACAUGUGUUGUAAUAUAUUAUUUAUAUACUAUAUAUUAUUAUAGCACUACAUCUAUUGUUAUGCAGACAAUAUCAUAUUAAAAAAAAUUUAUUAACUCAUAUAUUUAAUUAUGAAAUAUAUGUAUAUUUGUCUUAUAUUGUAAAUUAUGUACAUACCUACUGCUCUAUUGCAUCAACAUUCUAAAAUAGCUCGGCUUAUUACGUCGAACUUCGUAAUAGACUCCUACGCAUGAUAGUUAUAAAAGUGAAGAAGAAAAGAAGAGAUAAAAGGGAGAAGGAGAGACAAAAUUCACCAUCAUACAGCAACGUGCAAAUAUGGUCAUAUCAUUUAUGGACACUUCAAUAUUAUAAUCUUUCUGUUAUACGUGCAUAAUAACUAGAACAAAUUUUCCACAUAAAAUAAGCUCUAAAAUUAUAUAAUUAUAUAUUUAAUAAUAUUGUAAUAAAUAUUAUAAUAAAUAUAUUAAAUUAUAUAAUAAGCAUAAAA